AUGACAUGGCACAGGACGAUUUCCAAGCUUGGUGCCCAUUGCAACAAUGUCCGCUCCCCGCAGGAGUUGAAGCAACUCCAACAUGACCUCAGGCUAGAAGCGGAAGCUCGCAAGCAGCUUGAUGUGAAGAUUGAAAGCAUGCUUUUGGACGAGAAGAAGAAAAGAGACGAGGCGAUCCGACAGAUGCAAGUGCACCAGGAGGAGCAGGGCACGAAAUUAGACCAGCGCUGGCAAAACCACCUGAAGGAGGAGUCGUCUCUACGCCGGGCAGUGGAGAGCCACUUAGAAGCUCGGCUCACAGCCCUCCAAAGGGAAAUUAGAUUGGAAGCAGGCAAUGCUGCCAACCAGGCUGAGAAAGCAAUGGGUGAAUUCUUGCAGAUGAGAGAAAGCAUGCAGCAAGAGUUGAACGCCCAAAAACUCGAGAUCGGCAAUGCUAGUGCAGACCUUUCCAGGUUGAUUGACGAGGUGCGAACUCAUGGUUCAGGUAUCAAAGCAGACGUGGCAGUACCGUCAGCAGAGAUCACCGAGAACUUGGUGCGAGCAGAGGUGCGCCGACAAUUGGCAGAGAGGUCCCCUGAAGCCAACACCGUCAGCAGUUUGGAGCUGCAAGCUUUGUCCAGCCGUUUGGAGCGCUUGGAGCAAGGGCUUGCGAAUGAGGCUGCAAGCCGACAGGAGGAAAGUGGCAAGUCCAUCUCAAUGUUGCACGAGCUUGGGGGCGAGCUUAUGAAGACUCAGACGCAAGCUCUCCGGGAGUUUGAAGACACAGUCAAGACCAAGAUCGAUGCAGCACUAUUGGAGGUGUAG